AGAGAGGUCACAAGAACUAGGAAGUUGAGUCCAAGAACAUUUUAGGGAGACCUGAGGCGUCCUGGAGUCAACUCUAAGCCAGACGACAGUUAGAGGCAGCAAGCAAAGCAAGCCCAUGGCCAAGUUUACCUAAUGGAAGAGAAAGGGAUGGAGGCGAUGGCAGCCAGCACUUCCCUGCCUGACCCUGGUGACUUUGACCGGAAUGUGCCUCGGAUUUGUGGAGUAUGUGGAGACCGAGCCACGGGCUUCCACUUCAAUGCUAUGACCUGUGAAGGCUGCAAGGGUUUCUUCAGGCGGAGCAUGAAGCGGAAGGCACUGUUCACUUGUCCCUUCAAUGGAGACUGCCGAAUCACCAAGGACAACCGUCGCCAUUGCCAGGCCUGCCGACUCAAACGCUGUGUGGACAUCGGCAUGAUGAAGGAAUUCAUCCUAACAGAUGAGGAGGUGCAGCGUAAACGGGAGAUGAUCAUGAAGCGAAAGGAGGAAGAGGCCUUGAAGGACAGUCUGAGGCCCAAGCUAUCCGAGGAACAGCAGCGCAUCAUAGCCAUCCUGCUGGACGCCCACCACAAGACCUAUGACCCCACCUAUGCUGACUUUAAGGAUUUCCGGCCUCCAGUUCGUAUGAAUGGGAAUGAAUGGAACUAUCCUGCAAGGCCCACACUCAGCUUCUCUGGGGAUUCCUCCUCCUCCACCUCCGAGCUGUACGCCACCACUCUGGACAUGAUGGAACCAUCCAAUUUUUCCAACCUGGAUUUGAAUGAAGAGGACUCUGAUGACCCUUUGGUGAGCCUGGAUCUGUCUCAGCUCUCCAUGUUGCCCCACCUAGCGGACCUGGUCAGCUACAGCAUCCAAAAGGUCAUCGGCUUUGCCAAGAUGAUACCAGGAUUCAGGGAUCUCACCUCCGACGACCAGAUUGUACUACUCAAGUCAAGCGCCAUUGAGGUUAUCAUGUUGCGCUCCAAUCAGUCUUUCACCAUGGAUGACAUGUCCUGGGACUGUGGCAGCCUGGACUACAAGUAUGAUGUCACUGAUGUCACCAAAGCUGGGCACACCCUGGAGCUGAUCGAGCCCCUCAUAAAGUUCCAGGUGGGACUGAAGAAGCUGAACUUACAUGAGGAGGAACAUGUCCUGCUCAUGGCCAUCUGCAUUGUCUCCCCGGACCGACCUGGGGUACAGGAUGCCAAGCUGGUUGAAGCUAUUCAGGAUCGCCUAUCCAACACACUGCAGACCUAUAUCCGCUGCCGCCACCCACCCCCAGGCAGCCACCAGCUCUAUGCCAAGAUGAUCCAGAAGUUGGCUGACCUGCGAAGCCUCAACGAGGAACAUUCUAAACAGUACCGCUCCCUCUCCUUCCAGCCCGAGAAUAGCACGAAGCUCACACCCCUUGUGCUAGAGGUGUUUGGCAAUGAGAUCUCCUGACCAGGGUGGCCUGCAGUAGUGCCUGGGUGGGGCCGCUCCUCCAGGGCCCUGUACCCAGGCUCUGGGCUGGUUGCAGCCCAGCGAUGCCUCCUGCCCCUUCUGGAGUUCAGUCCUUCCUCUGCCAUCGCCAUGUUCAUCCUUUCUCCUGCCUACCCUGUCUCCCUUUCCUGCAGACCACAGGUUGGCCCUGUCCCUAGAGACUUCAGUUAUUAGAGACUGCUAUUCAUUUGAUAAAGAAACUUAAGUGGGGGUAGAGGCAGAGGCUGCCGGCAGAGCCCUGCCUAAGGAUGUUCCCACUAUAAGGGGUUGCUGCUCGUGUCGAGGGAGGCAGGCAGGAGAAAUGUGCCCAUGCCUCAGGGACAGCUACCUGUAUCUCCCCUGACUCCGGCCCCACUUGCCCAGAGCCUGGUGGGAAAUCCCUUACCCCUGCCAAAAAGGAUAUACAACCUACCUACAAUCCCUGUAUCCCAUCUCAUCCUGCCACCAGUGUGCACUAUCCCAUCCCAGGGCAGUCGCUCACUGCGGGGCCUCCUUCCUCUGCCAUUAUAUUCACAGACUCAUUCACUGCCAAGAUGACCAAAUACAUACCACACUAGCCAAUGAGUACUCACCUAGUUCCCACCUUUGAGGUUUUAUCAUGGGAACUCCCAGGAGCCAGUACCUCUGGUACAGGCCUAAUCCAUUCCCAGAACCACUGACCUAGAAAACACCCGAGGAAAGGCCCCAAGGGUUGUAGCCCAGCCCCGAGUAAUAAAGAACAGAGCCAGCCUCCCAGCAGGA